CAUCCCCGCCCCUCUCCAAAAUUUUAGAUGAAAGGGCUUUUGGAUUUUGGAUGACGCUCCGUAUCACGUGUUCAUAGGAAAUACACUCGCUAUAAUUUUUUUGGAGCUGCCUCGUCCUGCACCGCCGACCAUAGUUGUUUUGCCGUCUUCAUACAGUGUGGCGAAGGGGUGGAAAGGUAAUGUAAUGUAAUGUACCUUACCGUGGUCACUGACGGGUUCACGCCAGUUCACCGGGUUCACUUGAGGAGAGCUCCCACCCCCUGCUCGCCUCCUCUUCUUCUCAAAGCGCAACGAUCGGAGCUAAUCCAAUAUAAUUCAUUUAUAUAUUAAUGUCGGAUUCCAUUUUUUCCCACCGACUGCUGAGGUUCCCUGGGAGCUGGUAAACUUGUCCAUGUGACAGCAGUCCUGAGGUGGCAGAAGGCAUGAAGCAACACUGUGAUAUCAUAGUGGCUGGUCCAUGACACUAAAGUCCAUUCAACCCUGUCCACUAUCCACCCGCCCUCUGUUCUCAUCACACCGGACAACCAAUCACUCACUCUCCCAUUUACAUAAAGCCGCAUUAUGGCCAGCAAAAGGAAAUCCACUGUACCCUGCAUGAUACCAUCCAAAUCCAAACAUGUGCGUGAGGAAAUCAUACUGGGCUCGUUACCAGAACUCCUACCAACAAUCCCAGAAGAUAGUAUACUCAGCAUCUCUGGAGAGGAGUCUGGCCACUUCUCUCACAGCUCCUCCAAAUCUGAGAGUGGCAGCGAGACGCAGAAAGGAGGCACAUACAGCUGUGUGACUUGCCGUUUCGAGUCCAGAGAUCUGAACUUCUUUUUGGAUCACAUGCACAACUGCCACUUAGACUUCAGGGCCCAGCCCACCUUCUACUGCCUGAACUGUGGGGUGUCGGUCGUCCGCUUCGAGGCUCUUGCACUGCAUAACGCCAAGGCCCACCCUAAGAUAAUGGAGGGCCUGGUCACCGCCUCUCUAACUGUCAACAAGAGAGAAGGAGUAACAACUGUCGAACAAAGCCUGUUCACGGACAGCGGAGAAGAAUACAAAGAGUCCGGCAUCUCCCUCACCAAAACACCAAUUGCAAAGAUGAUGAAAGCCAAGGGGGAACACAAAAAGAUUGUGGUCUCUCACACCGUGGAGGUACGGAAGAUAGACACUGGAAAGGAUGUAGACCCCAGCAUGUUGACAAAUGUGCCUGAACUCCAAAACGGGGCCCUCAGCGGUUCUGGAGCCCCAGCUAUGCCGAGGACCACUGUCGCUCACGUGAUUACGACAGUGUCCAACCAAGUCUUUCACCAGCACACUCCCUCCCUUUACUCUCCCCCUUCCUCCAAUUCCAAUAAAGACCUUCCAAAGGUGAUGAUCCCCCUGAGCAGCAUCCCCACCUACGAUGCUGCCAUGGACACCAGCAGUUUUCUCAAGACAUCCUUUGGCAAGUUCCCCUACCCGACCAAAGCCGAGCUCUGCUACCUAACGGUGGUUUCAGAGUUCCCCGAAGAACAGAUCAAACUGUGGUUUACUGCCCAAAGGCUCAAACAGGGCAUAAGCUGGUCUCCUGAAGAGAUAGAAGAGGCCAGGAGAAAAAUGUUCAACACCGUAUUCCAAGGUGGAGCACCCCGGAAGCAACCCACUACACCACGGCACGUAAAUCACAUUGUAACCCACCAUACUGUCACUGCCCAUCCAGGAUCAAAAGGACCAAACUUUCAGAUGGCCAAAGUUCCAUUUGGUGGUAUAAAGCCCAGGCCUGCCGGCGUCAUAGCCACGCAGGCCAGCUUGUCAACCAACCCCCAUGUCACCAGGGUCUCGUAUUCUACUCCAAUUGUGCCCCCAAAGUUCCCACCUGUGGUGCGAACGCCACAGGUCCUGUCCAAGAAUACUGAGCCCACUGUGGAGCCAGACAAAAGCAAUGGCCUGGACAUGGCUGGGAGCAGCGGUUGUGUCAGUAGCACCAGCAGCAGUCGAAGCAGCAGUAGCAGCAGCAGUUGCAGCAGUAGCAGCAGCAUCAGCAGCUAUUCCAGUAGUAGUAAUGGUGUUGAGACCACCACCCGGAAACAGUGGCUGGUCGGGCUGCAUAACAGCAGCCCGACCAACAGCAUCAACAGCAUUGCCAGUUGCUCUGCCAACAUUAGCAAUAAUGAAGAGCACUGUGUUACUGACACCUCCGGCAAAGCAAACACGCUUAGCAACAGUGUGCCAGCUGUAUUGGAAGGUUCAAACAGUUCAAAGAGUCAAGUGAUCAUCGACAACACCAGCAAACCCAACAUCACCUGUAACAAUCAUAACAGCAGCACCAUCAAUUCACAAGAGCCGGCCAACAAGCCCGACGAAGAAAAUAGCAAUUACACUCACCAGACUAACAACAGCAGUAUUAACAGUGAAUACCCUAGUACUACCUGUAAUGACAGUGUCCCUAACCAAAAUCAUGCCAGCAAAUCCCCAAUCGACAGCACCAGCACCACUGUCAUUACAAAAAGCUGCUCAUCCAGUAUGGAUGAGGAUAAAUGCAACAAAGACUUUCCCAUAAAAGGCAUGUCAAUCUUACAGCAGCUCAUUAAGGAGGAGGACUCGUUUAUCGGAGACAGAAACUGUCCAGAGCUCAAAGUUGACCCAAUCAAGAUGAACUUCAAGAGGAUGAAGAUGAAUGAACCAGAGAUUGCGUCUGAGAUUGCACAUCAAGAACACAAGUCUGACAGCGCUGAGAUGUCUGCCUGUCAGCCGCCGUUCUCACCCCCCUGGGGCAAUAAGACCCCGCAGCAGCUACACAUCCUCCGGCAGGUUUUCUCCAACACCCGCUGGCCCAGCAGCAAUCAGUACGAGGAGCUGAGCGUCCAGACCGGCCUUCCCAAGUCGGAGGUGGUGCGCUGGUUCAGCGACAGCCGGUACAGCCACAAGAACGGGCACCUGAAGUGGUUGGAGACCUACCAGCGACCUCCCACAGAGUCAGAGGACGCCAGGGGCCAGGCGGAGGCGGGGGCCCAGUCGCCGAAGGACCCACAGACAGCCAAACUGAAACUUGUUGAGCAAGACAUGAACAAGCACCUUGAGGGAGAAGCAGGUCUGAACUCAGGGCAGCGGGUUGUGUGGCAGGAUUCAUACUCACCGCUGCUGAGUCUGAUGGGCUCCGAGGGGAGUGGCCAGCCCGGCCGGUCCGAGGAGUCGGCGCAGCCCGGAGCCGUGCAGGAUCCUUGGUCAGAGGGGGCGGAGGACCACCAGCAGCCAGUGGCCAGCCAGUCGCUCAUUGAUCAACAGACAGAUGCCAAUCAAACCAGGGAUCGCCUGAGAAUGGAGCUGCUGGAGGUGUGACGAAGGAGGCCCGAUCCCGCCAGAGGAAGGCGAUGCUGGUUUGCUCCCUGGCCUUAGUCAAAAAGAGAAAAAGAAAAAAAAGAAAAAAAAAAACAAGAGUGUUCAUAAUGACAGCAGAUGUGAUUGUAGCUGGACCGUUGGACUCUGACUGUAACUGUGAAUACCCCCCACCCCUCCUCCUUCUCCUCCUUCUCCUUGUCCUCCUCCGCCUCCUCCUCCUCCUCUUCUUCCAUCUGCCAUCACUUCCUGCCAUCGUCAAAAGAAAGAACUUCUCACCUUUGAGUCCUGUGAUGUUUAAGCCUUUCAUGCUUCUUUGUGGUUGUGUGGGGAGGGUGCACAAUGAGGUCAGUACGAGGGAUCAAAGAAAAGAAAGAGAAAAGACGCACACUGACUGGAAAACUGACUUGAAUGAGCAGAAAUAGGGUAGGAUAGGGCCGAGAGAUAUUGUUUUUGGGUCAGAGGGAGAAAUAUAUAUAUAAAUAUAUGAUUGAAACUGCACUAUAAAAGAGGGUUUGUACUGACUGGACAAACAAAAGAUGUGUCAAGGAAAUGUUAUUGUUGGCUUUGUGAUAUUUUUUACUUUUUUAGCAACCAGUACUUCAGCACUGCCUUGAAUUUUACUUUUUUCCUUUAUUGGGUUUUUUCAAUCCUAUUUACUCUUCUAUAGUCACUGUAAGUCCAGAUGCAAUCAAACAUGUUUUAUUUAGAUCUGUAUAAAUGUUGGUGAUCACUUUGCAGUUCAGCUACACGCAAAAGACUAUAUACAAUGCACUAAUGAAGACAGCAAUGCUAAAAAAAAAAAAGAAAAAAAAAGAAAAGAAAAAAGAAUCACACCGCUCCACAGUAAAGGUAUUGACAGCUCUGUCAAGAUCAAUACACUACACUGCCCUGCAAACUGAACAGAGAGAAGCCUGUCACGCUACCGUUGCCUUACUCAGCUCUGUCCAUGUGUUUAUAUGACCUGUCUGUCCAUCACCUUGCUUUCCAGCUACCGUGCUGUCCAGAAGAAAAAAAAAAAUAAGAAAACAAUAAAAAAAAAAAACAGACAAAAAAAAAAAAAUCAAGCCAGUGCAUUGAUGGUCACUGUUGGUCUAUA